AUGGCCGCCCCGCUACCCCCCUCCGAAGACCAGAGUCGUCUCCUCGAGGAGGCAUUGGGAGUGGUGCGACAGCAGUCGCAAAUGAUGCGAAAAUGCCUAGAGACCCCGGGAAAAUUAAUGGAUGCGCUUAAAUGCGGGUCAACCCUUGUUUCUGAACUACGGACGCCGAGCUUAGGUCCGAAGCAAUACUACGAACUAUACAUGGCUGUUUUCGAUGCGCUGCGACAUCUCUCCGUGUAUCUGAAAGAAAACCAUCCCGUCAACCACCUGGCCGAUUUGUAUGAACUGGUCCAGUAUGCCGGCAACAUUAUCCCACGACUAUACCUGAUGAUCACUGUCGGUACGGUGUAUAUGUCUGUGGAGGAUGCUCCAAUUAAAGAGAUCAUGAAAGAUAUGAUGGAGAUGAGCCGAGGCGUACAGCAUCCUAUCCGAGGACUUUUUCUGAGAUACUACCUCUCCGGCCAGGCAAGAGAUCAUCUACCCACAGGGUCUGGAGAUGGCCCCGAGGGUAACAUGCAAGACUCGAUUAAUUUCGUCCUGACCAACUUUGUGGAGAUGAACAAGCUAUGGGUGCGACUUCAGCACCAGGGUCCCUCCCGGGAGCGUGAGAAGCGAAUGCAAGAGCGCCGAGAACUGGAGCUUCUUGUCGGAAGCAACAUUGUCCGACUAAGUCAAUUGGUUGAUUUGGAAGGCUAUAAGUCUGGUAUACUGCAGGCGUUGCUCGAACAGGUUGUCCAAUGUCGCGAUGUGCUGGCGCAAGAGUAUUUGCUGGAAGUGAUAACCAAGGUUUUCCCGGAUGAGUUCCAUCUUCAUACCCUCGAUCUGCUGCUCUCUGCAAUUGCUCGGCUCAAUCCACAUGUGGACCUGAAGAAGAUCGUGAUAGGGCUUAUGGAUCGCCUGUCAUCCUAUGCGGCACGCGAAACCGAAUCGUCCGUUGAUCCAGAGGCUAGGAAGCAUAGCGAAGAAGAAGCUGUUACCAAACUCCUCGAAAACCUUAAAGUCUCCGAAGAGUCUAAGAAGGAAGCAUCCGCCGAGGCCGAUGCGAAUGCUACCCAGGAAAAUAAUGCUGAGCAAGCCUCAGAGGAUGCCAGCGAGGCCGCAACUGCUGCAGAGGGAGAACCCAGUGCGAACACGAACGGCGCCAAAGAUGAAAAGGCCGGUAUCCCGACAGAUGUCAAGCUUUACGACGUGUUUUACGCGCAGGUGGUCAACCUUAUCAAAUCGCGAGGUCUUCCUAUUCAGGAUACCAUGGCACUUCUGGUUUCACUCGUCAAUCUUGCGCUAAACACAUACCCAGACCAACUAGAAUACGUCGACCAGAUCCUUGAUUUUGCUACCCGCGAGACGGCGGAGUAUGCAGAUCAUGCAGACUUGCACUCUGCUCCAACACAGCAGAAUCUCUUACACCUUCUUCUUGCUCCUCUACGCUCAUACGUUUCUAUCUUCACAGCGUUGGCUCUGCCACAUUAUCUUCCUCUCUUGACAGCGCAGUCAUAUACCACGCGGCGAUCUGUCGCCGGUGAGAUCGCUCGCAGCCUUCUGAAGAACCGUACACUGAUCGCCACGACGGAGAACUUGGACCGUGUGUUACAAGCGUUAAGGGUCUUGAUAAAGGAAGGCGCACAGCAAGCGAUGGGGUAUCCUGGCUUGCAGGCCCAGCGGCGUGGUGAAACGGAUGAGACUAUCGAGGAGCAAGGGUGGCUUGGGCGCUUGAUCCACUUGAUCCAGGCUCCAGAGAACGAUACCCAAUUGAAGCUCCUUCAAGCAACUCGCAAAGCCUACGCUGAUGGCAACGAGCGUAUCCGCUACACGACCCCGGCCCUCAUCACUGCCUCGAUACGGUUGGCGCGUAAGCUGAAGUCCCGCGAACAUUACGACGACAACUGGCAGUCACAAUCGUCGGCGCUCUACCGUUUCAUGCACCAAUGUGUCAACAACCUCUAUCAACGGGUUAAUCCCGGGUGCGCUGAUCUGGCAUUGCGUCUAUUCGUUAUGUGCGGUGAGGUGGCCGACCAAACAGGGUUCGAAGAGUUCAGUUACGAGUUUUUCGCGCAAGCCUUUACCAUCUACGAGGACUCGAUCAGUGAUUCCCGUGCCCAAUUCCAGGCUGUCUGUAUAAUUGCCGGCGCUCUCCAUGGAUCUCGAGGAUUCUCCAAGGAGAAUUACGACACGCUUAUCACCAAGGCCGCAUUGCACGGAAGCAAAUUGCUCAAGAAACCCGAUCAGUGCCGGGCAGUGUAUCUAGCCAGCCACCUCUGGUGGGUUGUUGAGAACCCACAACGGGGCGAAGACGACCCUAAGAACCUCUAUCGCGAUGGCAAGCGUGUACUUGAGUGUCUUCAACGCGCUCUCCGUGUCGCAGACGCCUGCAUGGAUACCGCCGUGUCGGUCGAACUCUUCGUCGAGAUCCUCAACCGUUACGUCUACUACUUUGACCAACAGAACGAAACAGUGACAACCAAGUACCUUAACGGCCUAAUCGAGCUCAUCCACUCCAACCUCCAAACGGAUGAAGACGAGCCGAACCCAAGCUUGGAAGGUCCCAAACGCCACUUCCAGCGCACUUUGGAGUACAUCCGGUCAAGAGACUAUGAAGGCAUUGUGACGGAUCCUAGACAGUGA